GCUGCAACAAAGAUUAAGAACAAUUCUUUAUUUCUCCCAGCAGCGUAACGAGACGCAGCGGAUUCAAGGAGCAUUCUAGUGGUCAGACACGUCUUUGUCAUGCGCUGGGUUUCUUUGUUGUCCAUAUACGGAGGCAGUGAAUUCUGGCUUCUUUAAAGACGAGGACGGGGCGGUUGCCUGAUCACUCACUAGUGUUUAACUCUUCGUACAAUUUAUUCACAUAUACAUGAUGGCAGGGCUAUCAGUCUAUCGAAAACACAAUCUUCUUUACACGCAGGAGGGGAUCGAGUGCUACGGGCCAGGUGGCUACCAUCCAGUCUGUCUAGGGGAUACAUUCAACAACCGCUACAAGCUACUAGCAGCGCACUCUAAAGCGGAUGCUAUUUCACGGCACAUUACUCCAGUGCGGGACUUUUUCAUCCAUGAUGGACCGAACGGAGCCCAUCAGUGUCUUAUAUUCGACCUCCUUGGGCCGUCGCUUGGCAGAGUAAUUAGAAGCCGCGAAUACGAGGAGGGAGAAGGCCUUGAACCAGAUGUUAUUCUGCGCAUCUCAGAGCAACUUCUGCAAGCUCUCACUUGCUUGCACGAUGCUGAUAUUGUGCAUGGAGAUAUAAACGUGGGCAACAUCGCAUUCCAAUGUACCGAUCUAUUUAAUGCCGGCAUGGAUCUUCUCGAAGUCCUCGGUGAGCCCCGGUGCGAAGAGCUGGUCCGCCUUGAUGGUAAGCCGCUCGAUCCUGGCCUCCCGAAGCAAAUCGUGGAGGCGGCAGAUUGGGAGGCAUGGUUUGAUGAAGACGAGGAGGAUAUUCGCAUUAUUGACUUUGGGCAUGCUUUUGUCCGAGGAGAAGAACCGAAGAAGCUGGCACAACCAAGGGAUCUGAGGGUGCCGGAGACCUUUUUCACAGGCAGAUUCGACCAGAAAGUGGACUCAUGGACUGCAGGCUGCGUGGUUAUGUUCGGUGCAUACCCUUUUGGCUGUCCGGGCGACGACGCGAUCUUGGUGGGAGAGAUGAUCGGCUUCGUGGACGAACUGCCGGAGAAAUGGCAGCAAAAGUGGUAUGAAAUGCGCCAGGACUCGCAGUUCCGAGCUGCAUUGAGCGAGCUGGAGGGGCUGCAGAAGGGAGAGUUGGCAAAGCGGUUCAAGAAGCAUGAAGACGAUGCAAAGGUUGCUAUUCUCCUCCCCGUUAUUCAAGGGCUCAUGAGACUGGAUCCAGCAGAGCGUUUGAGCGCAUCCGAGGCCCUGGACCUGUUGAGACGAAAGGCGAGUUACAACAUGCAAGCGUGA